CGCAUACAUGCCCAUGUAGGAGGGCAUGGCUGUAUAGAGCGAGGGGUGACAGUAACCACUCUGGACCCAAGGACCCAUACAGAGAGACGCACAGGUUUCCAUAUUGCUGAAUCGUGUGGAAGAAUAUUUAUGGGUGAUCCCUGUGGACAAGGAGACCUUCAGUAAACACUCAAACACUGUGAAUGACUUUGGAAAGAGGGUGGGCUUUGCAACACGAACCUGUCCCAUGGUGCUCCCUAAUCUCAGGGGAUGGCCGAGGUCCAGGAUGGACACACAUAUGCAUUUGACAGCUCUGCAAUGUUAGAGGAGAGCCAAGAUGGUAUGGAGAGUGGUACCCUAAGUCCUGCCACAGCUAGACAACUCACCAUCCAGAGGCACCCUACACAAGGUUUUGGCUUCAUUGCAGGCAGCCAAAGGCCCGUCGUUGUACGCUCCGUCUCUGCUGACGGACCUUCCUUUGGUAAGCUUCUCCCCGGAGAUCAGAUCUUGGCCAUUAACGAGGAGACGGUGAGCGACGCGCCCCGAGAGAGAGUCAUAGACCUUGUAAGGUAGCAUCCUUUACUGUCCCAGGAGGGAGGGUGGGAGUGUUUAGGGUCAGGGGAGCAACUCUGAGGCUAAGUGAAAAGUAAAAGGGAACAUAGGUUAAAAAAAAAAAAAUUA